AUGGCAAACAAUACUAUACCCACAUUGGGUUACUAUGGGUUCCGAGGCAUCGCUCAACCCAUACGACUACUGUUGGCCUAUACGGGCACCGCAUAUACCGACAAACGUUACGACUACGGCCCGGACGCCGACACGUUUUUCGAUUAUUGGCUAAAAGAGAAAUUCACCCUGGGUCUGGACUUUCCCAACGUACCAUACUACAUUAAUGGCGACAUAAAACUGACCCAGAAUAUUGCCAUUUUACGACUUGUGGCCCGUCAGCACGGGUUAGUGGCCACCGACGAGACCGGACUCGUGCGCCAGGAUAUGCUGGAGCAACAGUUAGCUGACAUUCAGUCUGACUUUUAUAAAGGACUGACAUUUAAUUAUGAGACCGAUGUGGCGGCCAAUAAAGUCAAGUAUAUAACCGUCACUUUGCCGCCACAGUUGGCCGACUUGUCCCGCUUUUUGGGGGAUAACCAGUGGUUUACCGAACGUGACAUUAAUUAUGUAGACUUCUUGGCGUAUGAAGUGCUGGAUUGGUUGCGGCUGUUGAGUCCCGAAACGCUCAUAUUAGUUGUGCUGAUUAUGUUCCACAAGCGUUANUUUUGGCUAUUGUGUCAAUCAUUGGAUCAAUUGAGUGAUGAAACGUAUGGAUCGGUUGGACAUCACAUGAAGACUGAAUUUGAAGACCGACUGAAGAGUCCAUCAAAUGAUCAACAAAUGAGACCAACGGAUGAAACACAAGAAGUGAAUCAAAGUAUUGAUGAUAACAACGAUGGCGUGUUUGAUAACAUGUAUGACAGCAAUGGUCUGGAGUUGGGAUCAGUUAUCAAAAUAGAAGCCGAAGAUAAUUAUGUGAAACUAAUAAAUAUAGAGAUUCAACCGUGCGUUUACAAGAGGUUAUUGACAGCACAUCUUAAGACACACUCAACAGAUAGUGUGCACAUAUGUCCCGUCGGUUACUGUCAGAUGGCAUUUAAGUCGAUGAAUGAGUUGAAUGUCCACCGAUUGACACACCGGGCCUUCAGACCGGCCAUUAAGUGUGGGACCAAAGGCUGUAAUGAUGUGUUUCAUACGUUUUCUCAACGCCUGAGACAUCGGGUGUCGGUUCACAACCGACGGACGUAUAGCUAUCGCAGAGGAAAACAAUGGUUUGAAUGGAAGGGGAAAACAGAGACACAAGAAGUGAUACAAACAAUGGAUGACAACAACGAAGGAGUAAAUGAAGACAUGUUUGACAACAACUACAAACCCGGGAAAUCCAGACUUAUUGCCGGCAAACCCCAGAGCCUGGCGUUGAAGUGUGGGGUCACUGAUUGUCAGAUGAUAUUUGCAUCAAAAGAGGAUUUGUAUAAACAUUUAGAUAAACACAUGAAUGAUCUCGAGUUGGGAUCAGAUGUCAAACAAGAACCCGAAGAUAAUUGUGUGGAACCAUCACAAGAGAUGAUAAACAAAGACAUGAGUGGGAAGAGUAGUGAAGACUCAAUGGAAAUGCCUUCAAAUGAAUCGAUGGCUAAAUUGUUGCGAAAAAAUAAGUCCGAAAGAAAUAAAUGCUUUAAUUUAACGACAAAUACAUUCAUUUGUCCCAUAAAUGAGUGCCACAAGAGUUAUGAAACAGACAGUAAAUUUAUGACCCAUUUGUGGAACAUUCAUACCUCAAGACAUCACGUGUGCACUCAUGAGGGCUGUGGUAAAGCCUAUAAAACAAAAUCCCAAUUAAGUCGACAUAAAUUGACACAUUAUUUAAGCAAACGAUAUGAUUGUCCACAUAAUGGCUGUCAAUACAAAGCCAUUAGUAAUCAAUAUUUGAAAAUACAUUUGAAGUCACACUCAGUGUACAAAUGCGAUGUCAAUGGAUGUGUCUAUCAGACCAUUCGUAAGGGCCAUUUCAAAACACAUUGCCCUCGACAUAAGGCCUUUGAUUUACGGACCAUUGCGUGCGGAACCGAUGGCUGUAUUGAUAUGUUUUGCAAUGAAGACCAACGAAACAGACAUCUAUGGGAGGCUCACAGCCGGCGAUUGAUUAAUGGCUUACAAGACAAACAACAAUUCCGGUGCCAACGGACACACUGUGGCCAACGGUUUACCACUAAUGAAAUGCUCGCACAACACGUGAAUGUCCACAACUGUGCGGAUCAGACAAACGAAAUAAUUAUUUCCCAAACUGAGUAUAAGCCGAUGAAUGUCACUCAAGACCAGAACCCAAAUGGACAUCGGAACGGAUCCGCGGCCACAAAACCGCCCAAUUUUGGUGACAGCAAUGGUCUGGCGUUGGAAUCAAUGCAGAGAUGGAAAGACAAUCAACACUUCCGGACAUUAUCUCAAACUUUAGAUCAAUUGAGUGACCAAAACAACACUUCAUGUGAUAAUAAAAUGCAAUUCAUUUAUGGAUCUGAUAUACGACUGAAGAGUCCAUCAAAUGGUCAACAAAUGAGACGAAGAAAUGAAACACAAGAAGUGAAUCAAAGUAUUGAUGAUAUGAUUGAAGACAUAAAAGUGGAGACAAAUGAAGACUCGGAACCGAAGAGUUGCCGAAAGAAACGGAAAUUGAAUACAAAUAAUCGUAAAAACAGUGAACCGAAGGAAACAAUGGAUGAGACCAUUGAAGACAACACUUGCGAUCACAUGAAGACUGAAUUUGAAGACCAAAUGAAGAGUCCAUCAAAUGAUCAACAAAUGAGACCAACGGAUGAAACACAAGAAGUGAAUCAAAGUAUUAAUGAUAACAACAAUGACGUGAAUGAAGACAUGUUUGCCAUCAAUGGUCUUGAGUUGGAAUCAGUUAUCAAAGAAGAACCCGAAGAUCACUCUAUGGAACCGAUUAAUACACAACUCAUUAAUAAAUUCUCAAUAAGUUUAAUGAAUACAGAAAUGCAAACACAAGUGAACAGCACUUCAAAGCCAUCGACUUCUCAAUCAUCACAAGAGAUUGACUCGAAUGCAGAGACUAAUGAAGACUCGAUGGAAAUGACAUCAAAUGAAUCGAUGUCUCAAUUCUUGACUAAAAAUCAAUCCGAAAGAAAGAAAUGCUUUGAUUUCAAUACAAAUGCAUUCAUUUGUCCAAUAAAUGAGUGCCGAAACUGUUUCCAAACGGACCACAACUUUAAGAACCAUUUGCGGAGAACUUAUGCCUCAAGACAUCACGUGUGCACUCAUGAGGGCUGUGGGGAAAACAGAUACACAAGAAGUGAGACANUGAGACAUCGGGUGUCGGUUCACAACCGACGGACGUAUAGCUAUCGCAGAGGAAAACAAUGGUUUGAAUGGAAGGGGAAAACAGAUACACAAGAAGUGAGACAAACAAUGGAUGACAACAACGAAGCAGUAAAUGAAGACAUGUUUGACAACUCGUAUGACAGCAAUGGUCUGGAGUUGAGGAUAGAUAUCAAAGAAGAACCCGAAAUAUAUUUUGUGGAACCGAUGAAUACAGAAAUGCAAACACUAUUAAACACCACUUCAAAGCCAUCGACUUCUCAAUCAUCACAACAAUCGGUGGUAAACAUAGACCUCAAUGAAGAGAGUAGUGAAGACUCGAUGAAUGAGACGUCAAAUGAUCAACAAAUCAAACAAAGUAUUGAAUCUCAAGAACUGAACCCAAAUAUUCUUCAAUGCAAUGAAGACAUGGGUGACAGCAAUGAUCCGGAAUUGGAAUCAGAUAUCAAAGAACCCGACGAUAAUUGUGUGGAACCGAUGACAACACAAACAAUUGAUACGCCAAUAGUAUUCAUGUACUCAAAAAUAUUGCCAACCAAUGAAUCCAUACCACAAGAAAUUGCGGAAAAUAAUGUAAUUAUUGGAAACACUAGUGAAGUCUCGAUUAAUACGCGGUCACUAUUGAACACCACUUCAAUGUCAGUGACAUCUCAAUCAUCACAACAAUUGGUGGUAAACAAAGAUAUGAGUGGAAAGAGUAGUGAAGAAUCUAACGAACAGCCAAUUAGAGCAACACUUGAAGUGAUGCCAAGAAUAUAUGACAACAUUAAAGGCUCGGAUGGCGUGUCUGUGUUUAGAUGUCGUAUCAGUGAUUGUCGGAUGAUAUUUGAGUCCAAACACUGUUUGCAUAAACACUUGGAUUUACAUACGACUGAUCCGACCAUUGAGUGCGGAACCGAUGGCUGUAUUGAUAUGUUUCACACGAGAAACCAAUUAAACAGACAUUGGCUGAAGACUCAUAGCUUGAAUGCGAUUGUCUGUAAGAAUCAGAGUCUGGAGUUGGGAUCAGUUAUUAAAGAAGAACACGAAGAUAAUUGUGUGGAACCGUUGAAGACAAAGACAACUAAUCCACGAAAACUAUUUACGUACUCAAAGGUGUCACCAAUUGUCGAAUCUAUACCACAAGAAAGCAUCACAAAUGAACUCAUUAUUGGAAACAGUAGUGAAGACUCAAUGGAAUUGCCAUUAAUUGAAUCCAUGUCUCGAUUAUUGCCACCGAAUACGUCAUCGAUAUCUCAAUCAGCAGAAGAGACUGUUCUUCCAGUGAUGGUAAACGAAGACAUGAGUGGAAACAGUAGUGAAGACUCGAUGGAAAUGACAUCAAAUGAAUCGUUGUCUCAAUUCUUGCGACAAAAUAAGUCCGAAAGACAUUUGUUUCAACACUUGGAUCAACACAUGAAUGAUCUCCACUUGGGAUCAGAUGUCAAACAAGAACCCGAAGAUAAUUGUGUGAAACCGAUGAAUGCAGAACUGCAAACACAAGUGAACAGCACUUCAAAGCCAUCGACAUCUCAAUCAUCACAACAAUUGGUGUUAUUGUUAACACAUCUGAAGACACACUCAACAGUAGGAAUAGUUGAAGUGAACUCAUGUCCUGUCAGUUACUGUCAGACGGCAUUCUUGUCGAAGAAUGAGUUGAAUGUCCACCGUUUGACACACCGGUCCGGACCGGCCAUCAAGUGUGGGACUAAAGGCUGUAAUGAUAUGUUUUAUACGUUUUCCCAAGCGGACUCUGUAGCCCACAGCCAAGUGUUGGCUGCCUGCAUAUCGAUAGCGUCUCCUUUUGUUACCAAACUUACCUUCCCCUUUUGUCUCUCACAAGAAUUGAUACAAACAAUGGAUGACAAUAAGGAAGGAGUAAAUGAAGACAUGUUUGACAACAACAGCAAACCCGUGGAAACCAGACUUAUUACAGGCAAACCCCAGAGUCUGGCGUUGAAGUGUGGGGUCACUGACUGUCAGAUGAUAUUUGCAUCAAAAGAGGAUUUGUAUAAACAUUUAGAUCAACACAUGAAUGAUCUCGAGUUGGGAUCAGUUGUCUGUGAAGAACCCGAAAAUAAUUGUGUGGAACCGAUGAAUACAGAAAUGGAAACACAAGUUAACAGGACUUUAAAGUCAUCGACAUCUCAAUCAUCACAACAAUUGGUGGUAAACAAAGAUAUGUGUGGAAAGAGUAGUGAAGAAUCUAAUGAACAGCCAAUGAGAGCAACACAUGAAGUGAUGCCAAGAAUAUAUGACACCAUUAAAGGUUUAGAUGGCGUGUCUCUGUUUAGAUAUCUUCAUAUAUUUGAUCCGACCAUUGAGUGCGGAUACGAGGGAUGUAUUGAUAUGUUUCACACGAGAAACCAAUUAAACAAACAUUGGCUGAAGACUCAUAGCCUGAAUACGAUUGUUUGUAAGGAUCAAAGUCUGGAGUUGGGAUCAGUUAUUAUAGAAGAACACGAAGAUAAUUGUGUGGAACCGUUGAAGACAAAGACAACUAAUAUACGAAACCUAUUUACGUACUCAAAGGUGUCGCCAACCGUCGAAUCCAUACCACAAGAAAUUAUCACAAAUGAACUCAUUAUUGGAAACAGUAGUGAAGAGUCGAUGGAAUUGCCAUUAAUUGAAUCCAUGUCUGAAUUAUUGCCACCGAAUACGUCAUCGAUAUCUCAAUCAGCAGAAGAGACUGUUCUUCCAGUGAUGUUAGACGAAGACAUGAGUGGAAACAGUAGUGAAGACCCGAUGGAAAUGAUAUCAUACCCACUGACCUUAACCUACCAUAUAGUGGUCAUCGAAGCGGAUCCGCGGCCACAAAACCGCCCUUUUUUGGUGACAGCAAUGGUUUGUCGUUGA